AUGUCCUGGCUGCGUGUUCGCAAGUUUUUGGAGCAGUUGCGACACUCCCUGGAACCAGGUCUCGAGGACGUAAUUAUGAUCAUCCCGCGAGCUCUGCCGUCGCUGCCUGCACGAUCUCGUCGCACAAUGCUGACGUCCAGUAAUGUCUUGAAGGUUUCUGCCAACCGACGCAGGACAGUUCCAGCAGUUUUGGCCUUGCUUUCCACAGAGGAGCAGGAGUCACAUUCCUGCAGCAAAACUUGCGAAUGCGCAGGUCAAGCGCCAGUAGCUUUGUGCCCUCCGCGCCGUUGGUCUUCAAGCACAAACGGUAUUCUCGUGCAGUGUCCACGCAAGAGCUGGGCCGCCCCACCUUUUUUAAGCCCAGGCAUCGAAGCGUGCGAUCUGCGGCACUUGGAGCACAGCCUGCCCAAGGUCUUUAGCAAGUCUGGCGUGCACUGCGCUUGCGCCAAAGCCGUGCGUGCACGCAACUUCCAAUUACCGUUGCGGCUGUUGACGGUGUGCGGAUAG